AUGGAUGUGGAUGAGAUGUCGAAUUCGGAUGUUUGGCAACAACAACAACAACGCUCACUUAAACGUAGCGCAAGUAUGAUAUUUCGCAUAGAGCACCUGCUACCCAGCACCAGCAGAGGAUCGUCGAGUAUUGCCCCCAGCACUACUAGAACAACGCCACACUCGCCGCCACCCUCAACUCGGAUGGAAGCUACCAGCAGCACUUCGACUGCAAUGACGGCCAAGCGUUCUAAACUACGUGCCACAUGCACCGGUGUCCUCCUCGCACAAUUUACACCCAAAGAUACGUUGUCCGAAGCGAUACCAACAUAUGCACUCAUGAGCACUAUGGCCGCUGCGGAGUCUACUACGGCAUUUUGUACGCUUUCUCAAGGUGUGCUGCGCAUGAGUCCCGAACUGUUGAGACGCAUAAAGCUCUCGGAGGAUGUGCACAGCUAUAAUGCGCUAUUUGAAUUGCAGCCAGGCGGUAUGGUGCAUGUGCGAACUGUGCGCGAUGUGCCGCGUGACGAGGAAAUAGUGGCGUGGUUUGGCGAGGAGGUGGCGCUGCUAAUGUCUAUACCGUUUCUUGCGCCACUUAAUAUACAAGGCAAUAAACGUUACACUUGUCACCUCUGUCAGCUGUCGUUCGAAACACCGAAUCCGCUAAAAAUCCAUUUGGCUCUCGCAUGUGGUCGUCACUCUAUGGAUAUACUCUGGAUACGCUUGCAUUACGCUCUAAAAGCGUCCAGCUACACACAGCAACAACGUGAGCUGCUUGCAGCGACGGCGACCCGAACAACUAGCCAACCAUUGUUGCAUACGCCACCAGCAGCUCCAUCAAGCACAUCAUCCAUUUCGCCAGCCUCAUCACCACAGCCAGCCGCAGCUGUACAAACAUCCACACAUUCGCAACAGCAUCAUCAACAACAAGACGCAGCCGUUACCACAGCUUCCUUCAGUAACCCGAACGCUCACAGCAGCACCGCAGUAACACCAAGUGCCGCCCUCUCUUUUUUACCGCCAAUUUCAUCGGUGAGUAGCGUUUUGCCACACAUGCACCACCUACUGCAACCUGCCACUGGCAUUGGCGCCACAAACCCACUCAACGCUGCCGCCCAGAUCGAAGCGAUCGUCAGCAAUAUGGGCGCUUCUAAGCAGGGUCACCUCUGCAUCUACUGUGGCAAGGUUUAUUCACGGAAAUAUGGACUUAAAAUUCAUAUACGCACUCACACAGGCUUUAAGCCACUCAAAUGUAAAUUUUGUCUACGUCCAUUCGGUGAUCCUAGCAAUCUGAAUAAACACGUGCGUCUGCAUAUGCAAUCGAAUGUGAGCAAUGUGCCGAUGGAGGGCUACAAGUGUACGCUGUGUAAUAAGACAUUGGCGCGAAGGCGAGAUCUUCAACGUCACAUAGAAUCGCGGCAUUCGGCAGAUGCGACAAGCAGUUGA